UUGAAGUGGAGUUGUGCACCUCUUCAAGAUGGCGGGACUACAAAUGAGUCUGGGUAAAUAAGACACGUUACGUAGGUAGUUGGGUUCUGACGAGAUACUUAAGGUAUAUGUACUGCUGCCAGUGGAACCGCAGGAGGAUGUUGAUCGCAGUCUUGAUCCCCCAUUAGGCUGAAUGCAUUGUGAUUUCCAAUAAUUGAGACAGUGAUUCUGAAAGCUGUCUACAUUAAUGAAAAGAACAAUGUAGUCAGCUUAGCCUAUCCAUCUCUGAUACGUGUUCUAUCCUGGAAUGUGCUUCUGCAUGCAUUCUACUUUUGGACAAGAACAAAUAAUCUAAUUAGUUUAUAAGAUAAUUCCAAAUAUUACGGCAGUUUAGAUUCUAAAUAAAAACUAUGGAAAUAGAUGAUGUUCUCCCACCUCUCCCUUCGGAGCCACCUAAUGAUUUUGGCCAAGAUGAGGGCAGAGCACCUCCACCACCUCCCCUGCAAACGUCCAGUGACGCAGAGGUAAUGGACGUUAGCUCUGGUGGUGAUGGAUACAUAUGCACCCAAGGGGAUGUCGAAGCAAAUCCACAACAGCCCCUCAGCACUGGCACAAUUACCUUCUGUAGCCAGCCCUCAAAUGAUGCCAGUUACUCCAACCCACUGUGCCCCAGAACAGCUCGUCACGCUCCCCCUGUAAUCAAUUUCCUACCUGAUAGCAAGCUGCUUAGGGAUGUUAAGGUUCGAGUUAGCUUCACUGAAAGCAGUUGUGGCAAAGACAGGAAGGUUUUGUAUACAGGUGAAGAGCAAGAGAGAGUUAGUGAUGAUGGUUUGGACCACAUGAAUGGUGAGUUUGAGUUCUCCAGUGAUCAGAGACUAGCUGAAGGUAGCUCAACAACAGCACAUGGAUCAGGUAGGGUUUUGGAGGUGGACACCGACCUUGAGAACAAAGUGGAGUAUGCCGUCCUGGAUGAGUUGGAUGACGUCUAUGAGAAUUUCAUGGAUAAUGAAGAUGAAGCCAAUGGCGGCUUUAAGUCCAAGGUCAGAAUUCAGCAGGAGCCAGCAGAUGACGAGACCAUGGCUUACACGUAUGAGGGGGAAUUUGACAAUGACGUUGACGCUCUGCUCGAGGAGGGCAUGCCAGUCCCGAAAAAGAUGCGUCCAGCAGAGGACAAAUAUAGUGGCGAUAGUGAUCACCAGUCAGACGGCGAAGGAAGUGUUCAACCCAUGAUGACCAAAAUUAAAACUGUCUUGAAAAGUCGGGGACGUCCACCCACUGAGCCACUUCCUGACGGAUGGAUCAUGACAUUCCACAACUCAGGCAUUCCAGUCUACCUGCACAGAGAGACCAGAGUAGUAACUUGGUCCAGGCCCUACUUCCUUGGAUCCGGCAGCAUAAGGAAACAUGAUCCUCCAACCAGCAGCAUCCCCUGCUUACACUAUAAGAAGAUGAAGGAACAUGAAGAGAAGGAACUGAACGGCGUUGUGAAUCCACAAGCAGAAGUGUUUCCUGUUAAGCCCAGCGAGGAGGCAAAUGGUGACGACCAUGUAGAGAACUCAGAAAACACAGCUGAGGUGCACGAUGGCAUGCCCGCUUCCACUCCUGCUGACUGUGGCCCAGAGCCUGAGGGCAUCACCAAUGAGAGUCAGCCUGGUAAAGAGGCCCCAACCUGCGACAUUGCUCAAGGAGCCCUUGGACAAGUCAGGGCCAAAGUGGAAGUAUGCAAAGAUGAGUCCAUUGAACUUGAAGACUUUCGCCUAUACCUGGAAAAGUGCUUUGACUUUGAACAAGUGACAGUGAAGAAGUUCCGCACAUGGGCUGAGCGAAGGCAGUUUAACAGGGACAUGAAGAGGAAACAGGCUGAAUCCGAGAGGCCAAUCCUGCCUGCAAACCAGAAACUCAUUACACUGUCAGUCCAAGAUGCACCUACUAAGAAAGAAUUUGUCAUCAAUCCCAAUGGGAAGUCUGAAGUUUGCAUCUUACAUGAAUACAUGCAGCGUGUCCUUAAGGUUCGGCCUGUUUACAACUUCUUUGAAUGUGAGAACCCAAGUGAACCCUUUGGCGCGUGUGUCAUUAUAGACGGCGUCACCUACGGCACAGGGACUGCAAGUAGUAAAAAACUUGCCAAGAAUAAAGCUGCAAGAGCCACACUGGAAAUCCUUAUACCAGACUUUGUGAAGCAGACUUCUGAGGAAAAGCCUGUUGAGGCAGAUGAACUUGAGUAUUUUAACCAUAUCAGUAUAGAAGACUCGAGAGUGUAUGAGCUGACCAACAAAGCUGGGCUUCUUUCACCGUAUCAGAUUCUUCAUGAGUGCCUUAAAAGAAACCAUGGGAUGGGAGACACGAGCAUAAAAUUUGAGGUGAUACCAGGGAAGAAUCAGAAGAGUGAAUAUGUGAUGACUUGUGGCAAGCAUACUGUGCGCGGUUGGUGCAAGAACAAGAGAGUUGGCAAACAGUUAGCAUCUCAGAAGAUUUUGCAAAUGCUUCAUCCUCAUGUGAAGAACUGGGGCUCACUGCUGCGAAUGUAUGGCCGAGAGAGUAAUAAGAUGGUCAAGAAGGAGAGCUCAGACAAAAGUGUGAUUGAACUUCAACAAUUUGCUAAGAAGAACAAACCAAACCUCCAUAUCUUGAAUAAACUGCAAGAGGAGAUGAGGAAACUGGCUGCACAAAGGGAGGAGACUAGGAAGAAACCCAAGAUGACCAUCGUGGAAUCUGCCCAGCCAGGAAGUGAACCUCUCUGCACUGUUGAUGUUUAAGCAGAAAGCUAGCCAAAUACCACACUCACUGUUCCAGCACUGCAACAUCGUCGCUAUGUAGUAUCACAUCAUCAUGCCGUUAGAAUUGCUUGCUUCUUUUGUCCGUGUGUAGUUGGAUUGGCUGAUAGACAUCAGAGUAGGAAAAACAAAAUGCACUAACAGACCAUAGCGCAAAUACCAUCUACCUCUCUAGAUGCAUCCCAGCUAUGGUACAAGGAGCAAGUCACCUAGGGUGCAGAUAAGAUGGCGUGUCAUAAACAUCGUAAAUUUCAAUGCAUGCACGUCGGACUGCAAGAACCACUACCUACCAUGGUUUUGUUUUUUAAAGUGUCUUAAUAGCCGCAUUUCAAUACCAGCACCUGUGUUUUUAUUAGCGCGUAACAUAUUUGAAAGGGACUACUUGUAUUUAUACCAUUGAAUUGGGAUUAAAAUGGCUUGUAUUUUAUUGUCUGGUGUUAUGGCUAGUAUGGGGGACUGCAAAUAUGCUUUAUUAAUUUUCCUUGAGAAUUGAUUUGGUUUGCAUGCUUGAAAACGUUGUGAAGUGAUGAGUACUCGGAACAAUUAUGCACUUGUGUCCUGUCCAACAGAUUUGUCGCCCGGGCCACACAUUCAUUUUCUUGGGACUUGGCUUUACAACUCUCUAUUUGGGUACUAAUGCCAUGCACACCAGUUAACAUUUCAUUAGCUUUGUGUUUCGGUGCCCUUAACCUAAAUUAAACGCUCUACAUGUGGCCUUAGCUAAUCCAUUUCACAAAGGGCUUUGAGUCUAUUGAUUGGACCUAAAACUUGCCCAGGGAAUGGAAAAGACCAAGCCCCCCUCUACAAAAUAAAGCAUUUACCUAGCAAAUUAGUGUUUUUAAAGAGAAGUAUGUCCACAGCAUGAGCUGAGAUGUGUCUUAAUGUACUUUGUAUCGGUUUUGUAUGUUUACCUUUCUUCUGACAGCUGACCAUGCAUAUGACCUUAAAUAUGAUAUAUAGCGCAGAAUGCAAACCUUGAACAAUUUAGUUCGAAGGCCGUCAAAAGUUUAGUCCAACAGUCGCUUCUGAAACUGCAUAUACCAAAGCCUAAAAUCCAGUCAUAUGCAUUUUUUAGACUACCUAAUGUUGCUGCAAACGCUACCGUUAAACGACUAUACAAGAUAAAGACACGCUAAUAUAGAAGACUGCUGUGCAUUAAAGUAUUUAACUUGUGACAUCUUUUGAAUGUGAGGCUGUUGUGAUUUUGGUUAGUUUUAAGAAUAUGCUAUUUCUUUUCCAUUUUGUGCGCGUGCUGUCUUGCCAAGUGUUUCAGUGUGAGACUUGCUUUUACAUGUUAUGCUCCUGACUUGCACCAGUGACUUCUUUGGGAUGGUGUUGCCCUACGAUAUGAAGUACAGUAUGUGUUGUAACAGGAAUUCCAUGACUGGUGAUGUUUGUUAUGCAAAAUAAAAUGUAUUGAAUAAUC